AUGCGCUGUGCCGCGUAUGCCGAAUCCAUUUGUCGAUAUCUUAGAGACACCUACCACGAUACUAUUUUGGAGUCGGCACUGGAGGGGCAGGAUGACGCCGGUCGUUCAUCCUCGCCUGACAGCGACGCUGCAUGCGCCGCCCUGGGUCCCUUGCCUACGGAGAUUCUGGAGGGAAUACUGUUACCUCUGGACUUCUGGAGCCUGGCGCGAUGCCUGCGUGUGUCAAAGUCUUGGAAUGCAGCCAUUUCACGAUCUCCACAACUGCAGCAGGCACUGUUUCUCAAUCCGAGCGUCGAGGACGUCAGCGAUGGCCCAGCGCUCGUCUUCAAGCUCGUCAUAGACACACGCAGACUUCGAGGAGUCCAGCGUCAACUGCGACCAAUAUUCUGGAUUGACAUUGGCAAGGUCUACAACCACCCACCAAGACUUCAGCGAACGAAGCCUUCCGCAGAAGAUGUCGUGUUCAACCCAAUUCUUCAGAACAUGUUCCGCUCUGCACAGUCUUUGGACGCAUCAAGUCCCCCUACCACACUCGAAACCGAACACGUCAGGCGCAAAGAUCCUGCAGCGCUUUGUAAAACGGCACGAGGCCUACCAGGAGCAAUUUGGAGGAAGAUGCUUAUAUCUCAGCCGCCUGCGCACACCAUUACGAUGGAGUGUGACUUCACCUUCGAUCCUUCCUACCGCUGCAAAGCCUGGACUCCGUAUACUGUCGAGGGAGGAAUCACAAUGGAGGACUUAUUCAUGCUCGUGCAGUCGCGCAUCGAGUCAAGCUUCGACGACUACCUAAGGGACCAGACAUUCCGACUCGGGGAUGACGGCUGA